AUGCGUCGCGAAAAAGCGACUUGGGAAGCACUACUCAAGCAUCCCUUAUAUACUUGUUUGUCUGACAUACCUCCAGACCUCGACCAGUUUACCUGGGACGAGAUUGAUUUUGUGCUAGCGACUUUGGACCGUGUCAUCGGCCCAAUUGCACGUCUUCCUGUGCCCAGCAAGCAUCUUCCCGUGUACCUCCAGUUCUGUGAUGGCUGGAACGAGAUCUGUGAACAGUCCCGGGAACUCUACUUGGUUCAUGACAUGCAUACCGAGAAUGAAGAACUCAAGCUGCUUAACACAGGUGACUUUGAUGAAAGCGAAAAGAGAAUAUACGGCACUAUUAACAAGAACGUGACUUUAUGGUUGAGAUUUCAUUUGAAUUUGGAUGAAUCCUACAAGAACGUCUACGAGUGUAUUAAGUUCGCUACCCAGAAAGCAGAAAUCGAAGAUAGAAGAAUCAAAAAUAACAUGAGUCUAGAAGAUGAUCGCAACGGUUUUAGGCUCGAAGAGUUGGCACAGUUCUUGCAGGUCUCAGUGAAGAUGGAAGCUUGGAUAUACCUGCUUCCAAAGAUUACUUAUGAAGACGAGUACACCACUAACAACUAUGAUAUCGAUUACUCUCUAAGCUACAUGGCAUGGAAACAAUUGUGUGAACAAUGUCCGAUUCUCGACAAGUUAUGUUUAAUAGAUUGCCACAAUGUAGAAAUCAGAACAAAGACCCGAGAAAGUGUAACGGAAAGAGAGUUUUACAUGAUGAAGAGAAUUUCAGAAAAAGUCAUUCAUGUGUUGAAGAUGCGGUUGGGCCUUGACAAAUUUUGCGACACCAUUUAUGAGUGCAUUAAGUUCAUAAAAGACAGAGUAGACGGAUCUUGUAAGUACCAGCAGAUUGAACUUCCAGAGGAGCUUUCCGACCAGAUAUCAGCUCAACAACGUCAUUACAUUAGGCAUAUGGUUAUCUACACCAAUGAAUUCUUAGACAAGCUUCCAGAUAUUACUCCAGAGAGCCAGGAGUAUGUACCAUUGCUUCAGGGCUGGACAUACCUCUGUGAAAGGAACCCUACCUUGUACACCAUGGUUGGCAUGAAUAGUGAAGACGACAGAUUGAAAAAAAUAGCCAACGGCAUCUUGUCUGGUAAAGACCUUGAGAUACUCAAGACUAUAGACGCCAUCUUGGCCAGAGACUUCCAGAAAAAGCUUGGUUUAGAUUUGAAGUUUAAAAAUCUAUUUGAAUGUCAGCAGUACUUGGAAGAGAAAUGUCUGGAAAAACUCAUAGAACAGAAGAAGGAACUUAAUACAGGGACUCAGAAACAGAUUAAAGAAGCACGACCUAUGAUUAAAGAAAUAUUUGAAAGCAAAGACGUAUCAACAUUAUAA